AUGGAGAGGAAUGAUAAGAGUGCUCAAGGACCUUUAAGCCUAGAGAUUGAUGUUGCCAGAAAGGAAACAAACACAAGGAAUUUGAUAAAUAAUGUGCUGAGUAGUAAACAAGGUGGUGUAUUAAAUCAUGGAUUUGUGUUUCAAUUCAGAACUAGGAAUACAAAUUAUUCUGCAAACGAAUUCUACAUUAAAGAUAUCUACAAGUUGAAUGUUUUGUCUUCUGAAGAAGAUCAAAAUGUCGAAAUAGUUACUUUAAAUUCAGGGAUUAGAGUUAAGUAUUUUUACAAAAUGCUUCAUUUCCAUAUGAAUAAUAAGAGCUGUUUUGAAAUAAGAGGAAUAGAACUUUGUAAAUCAUUCAGAACAAAUUAUGGAAUGAAAAGAUUGAUUAGAAAUGCUCAUUUUUUGAAAGAACUUGAUAUUAUUGAGGUGACUAUGACCUCUAAACACCUUUCUAGUGUACUCCUAUGUGGAGUUCAUUUAGAAGGAUUGGUUCUGCAGAAAUGAAAAGUGAGUGGACCCAAACUAACCUUCACAGCUAAUAGUUCCUCUUGAUUAAGAAGUAUUUUUAUUAAAUGGGGCUAUAGAAUAACUCCUCCAGAUGAUGUCAAGAAUGACCCUAAUUACCUUGACAACUUCUUAUGGCAUAUCAGCCAGUGUCCUUGCUCUGAGACUUUGGAUAAAGUUACGAUCCAAGGUAGUUUAGUUGAUAGAGAGUCUAAAGCUAUCAUCAAGGAAGAAUACCAGAAUUUAAGCUUCAGAUUUACUAUAUAUUAAGGUCUUGUGGCAAGUAUUUUCAUUAGCUUCUUAAUUUCAAUGGGCUUUCACUGGGACACGAAGUAAAAGGAUAUCACUCAGGUUUUGGAAGAGGGGAAAUUCCUUUUAAGUGAUAGCUAGUUAAGAGAAAACUUUUAGUUAAUCACAAGAAUUAAAGGAGAGUAUAUUUUAAUUGGGAGUGGUGUGUUGAUGAUAUAUGGGAGCUAGCCUGAUAGGUAGAAGAGUGGUGAUGAGGCAAAUGAGAGAGAAUGAUGAGAAAAAUUAAAAUUAAAGUGUUAUACUUAACACAAGUAUUGGCAUUUAAAAUGAUCAUUAGAAACUUUUAAAAGUUAUGCUUCGUAUUUCUUUUUAAUUUUUCAGAACUCUUGAUUAAAUAAAUCUCCCUCAAUACUAUAGACAUAAAUUUUCUUCUGUCCAACUUCGUUCUUAGUCAUUCACAAACUUUUUUUGCUUCAUCUUAUCCUUAUAGUAGUUUACCCUUUUGUAGAGUCUUUCCAAUCAUAGAUCCUUCCUCAGCUUUGCUUCUUUAGGCUCCAGUUAGGCUAGAUCUGAAAUUCCUGAAUACCACUGGGGAUUUAUCCAAGAGAACCUGAUUAGUAUUGGGAGAUCAGGAAAAGAAGGUAGUUAACUCAAAUUUUUACUGGCUCUGAUAAAAAAAGAGAGGAUAAAAAUCAACAAUCAGGAGGGUUGAAGAUAAUUUAUAGUGAGCGAUUUAUACUUGAAACAUCUUAUUAUAGUGAUAUAAUGCUAGCUAUCAUGAAUC